GUGGCAUGUAGUUUGUCAGCUGUCAUUAGGCGCAGAUGACACACACACACACGAAGGUAAUCUCGCAGAGAAAAGAGGGGAAAUACAAAACGAGUGUGUGUGUGUGUGUGUGUGUGUGUUUGAGGGGUGUGUGUUGUGCACUGCUGUGUUGACUGUGUGCAUGGUGUGAAAACCAGUGCGUCCAACCGGCCGGCAUGGGAUGGUCGGCCGGCUCUGGACUGGUUAUGGACUGGUUUAACCAAAGCAGAGGUGCUGAUAUUUGCUGAAGAUGAGUAGUGGGGGGGGAAACACCCCAGAGCCCCCCAGAGGGGGAGAGUCUCUGAAGAGGAAGGACUGUCCGUCAGACCUCUUGGGGCCCAGCCCUAAGAGGAGCACUGAGAAGAGGAACCGGGAGCAGGAGAACAAGUACAUCGAGGAGCUGGCCGAGCUGAUCUUCGCCAACAUCAACGACAUGGACGACCUCAACGUCAAGCCGGACAAAUGUGCCAUCCUCAAGGAGACGGUGAAGCAGAUCAGGCAGAUCAAGGAGCAGGAAAAAGCUCCAGUGGCUGAUGCUGAGGAGGUGCAGAAGGCCGACGUCUCCUCCACAGGACAGGGUGUCAUCGAUAAAGACGCCCUUGGCCCCAUGAUGCUGGAGGCCCUGGAUGGCUUCUUUUUUGUGGUCAACAUGGAGGGCAACAUAGUGUUUGUCUCAGAGAACGUCAGCCAGUAUUUGCGCUGUCAGCAGGAGGAGCUGAUGAACACCAGCGUCUACAGCGUGCUGCAUGUUGGAGAUCACGCCGAGUUCGUCAAGAACCUCCUGCCCAAGAGCCUGGUCAAUCAUCGCAGCACUGAUUCAUCCAACAGGAACAGCCACACGUUCAACUGUCGUAUGUUGGUCAACCCUUAUGGCAACGGUGAAGCCCGGCCGGCGUCAGACCAGCAGGACGGGUCACAGCAGAAGUACGAGACCAUGCAGUGUUUCGCCGUCUCCGAACCCAAGUCUAUCAAGGAAGAGGGGGAAGACUUCCAGUCAUGUCUCAUCUGUGUGGCAAGAAGAGUCCCUGUCAAAGAGAGACCUGUGAUGCCCACGUGCGAGAGCUUCACCACCCGACAGGACCUUCAAGGUAAGAUCACGUCCCUGGACACCAGUCUGCUCCGUGCGUCCAUGAAGCCGGGCUGGGAGGACCUUGUUCGGCGUUGCAUUCAGAGGUUUCACCUGCAGAAUGAAAGGGAUAUGUCCUUUGCUAAGAAACAUCAGCAAGAUGUGCUGAGGAACGGCCAUGCACUCAGCCCUCUGUACAGAUUCUCCCUGGCUGACGGCACCAUCGUCUCAGCUCACACUAAGAGCAAGCUGGUCCGAUCUCCAGUCACCAACGAACCACAGCUCUACAUGUCGCUGCACAUCCUGCACAGGGAAAACAUGGGUGGCAUGACCACAGACGUACCUGGCAGCCAGGGCACAGCCAAGCCAAUGACCCCCACCAGUGUGAGUGGUCCCUCCCCUUCCCCAGAUGGCAGUGUCACCAGCAACACGCACGACUCCACCUCGGCCUCCAGUGCCCCUGGACGUGGUUUUGUGGCUGUAUUGGGUCGGGCUCCCACGCCUCAGGGAAGCAGCCAAGCACUCAAGCUGGGCAGCCCUUCAGCCCAGGGAAGCCCCAGCGUCACGUCAGGGGCCCAGGGAGCCAUGUUGUCUCCUCGUCAUCGCCAGAGCCCCACCAUGGCGGCUAGUAGCAGCUGUAGUAGCCCUCACCUCCAACAUCCCCCUGGUUCGUUCUCUCCUGCAGCCGGACUCCACUCGCCAGCAUCCGUAUGCAGCAGCACAGGAAAUAGCCAAGGAUUCAACUCCCUCAGUGCACUGCAGGCCCUCAGCCAGGGCCACAGGGUUUCCCAGGGACUCACCGAGGGCCAGCAUCCAGAGUCACCUGACAGAAAGACGUUUGGCCUUCAGAGCCCUCUUCACAGCAGCAGCACCGGUAGCCAACAAGCCCAGAACAAUCCCAGCGAGCCUGGCUUAUUGGGAACGUUUGGGGAGCAGCAAGACUUGUUGUCCCCCCCAAACCACGAGGGUGAGUGGGAGAAAGAUGGUGAUCCUGACAAUUUCGAAGGUAAUGGAAGCUUAGGGGAGCCCGGCGAUGCCCCAAAUCGCCCUCUUAACACAAAAGGGCACACUAAGCUGCUCCAGCUCCUCACCACCAAAUUAGAGCCCUCUGAUCCUUGCUCUUCACCCCCCCUGGGGGACGACCAGAACUGUAAGGACCAGCUGGGUGGGAUUGGGGGUGUGGGUGGGGCUGGGCAUAACAACCACUCCACCUCCCUAAAGGAGAAACACAAAAUUCUGCACAGGUUGCUGCAGAACAGCACCUCGCCCGUGGAGUUGGCUAAACUAACGGCUGAGGCUACCGGAAAAGACCCCAUUGGUCCAGAGUCAGCUUCAGGGGACAACAUGGCUUCCCUGGGUGAACUCUGCACAAAACAGGAGCCAGGGAGCCCCAAAAAGAAAGACAAUGCAUUGCUGCGCUAUCUGCUGGAUAGGGAUGAUAACGGCCUUCUGGAUAAAGCCAUCAAGAUGGAACCCGGUGACGGGCCCAAGCUGUCCACCAUUAAGACGGAGAAAGAGGAAGCGGGUUUCAGCAUGGGGGACCAGACCAGUGAGCUGGAAGACCUGCUGGAGGACCUGCAGAGCGGCAGCCAGCAGCAGCAGCUGUUUGCGGGCCAGCCAUCAGUCAGAAGACCAGCCUCCUCUUCGUCCUCCUCUUCCUCUGUGCCGCCUGGUUCCUCUGUGGACAAGCAGGGCAUCAUCAGCGACAUCCUGCAGAUGACAGAAAGCAGCAGCCGCAGCCCCCCCAACCAGCCCAGAGCCUUCCCUCCCAUCAACUCUGCAACAGGUUUGAAUGGUGCCAGGCCGGGCCAACCGGGUCGAGGUGCUCCUCCAGUCAGGAGCACCUCUCUGGACAGCAGUAUGGGCCCCAACCCCAAUGCUGGCAGGUCAUUCCCUCCUCAGCACAGGAACAAUGGCCCCUACUCCUUACUGCAGCAACAACAACAGCAGCAGCAGCAGCAAGGCAUGAUGGGAACCCACGCAGGCAUGGCCAGCCAGGCUGCGAUGGCCAAUCCAGGCAUGCUGAGUAACGGGUCAAUGCGGGGUUCCAUGCAGCAGGACUGGGGUCCCCUGGGGCCCAUACGGGGUACUGCAGGGCCAAUGAUGGGCCAAGGGGUUGGACCAAGUCGAAUGGUACCCAACAUGAAUGCUGUGCAGCCCACGAGGGGCCCGCCUGGAUCCAGAGCCAUCAACAUGCAGAUGAUGGGCAACGAGAUGGAGAUGGCAAACUCUGCCUACCCUCAGCAACAAGCCCCACCCACUCAGACUGCGCAAUGGGCAAACCAAAUGAUAGCUAUGGAUCACUAUGGAAACCAAAGCAGGCCACCGUACGGCGUCCCCCGUGAGGAUGGGAUGCGGUGUUGCGGCACAGGGCCUGAGGGCCAGCCAGAUGAAGGAGCUCUGCUGAGCCAGCUGUGCUCAGUGUUGAAGGACUAUGAGGGUCUGGAGGAGAUCGACAAGAUGCUGGGAAUCCCAACACUGGCUGGACAGGGUUCCAUGUCAGACCAGGACCAGUACCUCGUCUCCUCGGACCCAGCAGCCAACAUGAAGCCGCUCAUGUACAGUCAACACUACGGUGGCCAGCCAGGUUAUGGCGGCAUGGCUCCUGAUGGUGGGUUCCACAGCCCCUCUAUGAGCGGCCACAUGGGGCCACAGAGGAUGGCGCCCGCUGGUUAUCCCCCAAUGAUGAGGAUGCCUGGGAGCUUGGGGCCUAGACCGGUCGGGAUGAGGCCAGGGGGGCCCAAUCCAGGAGUGCCUCAGCCUAAUAACCUGAGGCUCCAGCUGCAGCACAGACUCCAGGCCCAGCUGAACCGUCAGCCAGUGGUGAACCAGAUGAGUGGAGUGUCCAAUAUGAAUCUACCUCUAAGGUCUAAUGUACCAAACCAGGGAUCCCUCAACGCCCAGAUGCUGGCCCAGCGUCAGCGCGAGUACCUCAACAACCACCUACGCCAGCGCCAACAGCAGCAGCAGCAGCAGCAACACGUGCACCAGCAACGUGCCAUGAUGAUGCGGACUCAGGGUAUCAACAUGCCUCCUAACAUGCCCAGCGGGGGUAGUGCUCCUACGCCGAUGCCCAUAGGUGGCACCAACCCACGGCUUCCGCAGGGCAACCCACAGCAGUUCCCCUACCCAGCCUCCAGCUACGGUACCGGCCUGCCCUCUCCUCCUCCACCUCCUCCUCCUCAUCCCGGCUCCUGCAGCCCGUUCUCCUCCCCUCUUUCCCCUAGCCCUCAUCUGGCUAGCCAGGGCAUGAUGGGAAAUGUAGGCGGGCAGUACAGCGGGGUAAUGAGUCCUCCAUCACAGCACAAUGCCUACCAGUUCAGCAGUUCAGGAAUGAGCCAGCAGCAGCAACACCAGGAUGCCGUGUCAGGUUUUUCGUGUGGAGUGAUGACCCCGCAUAGCCCCCUGCUGUCCCCCAGGAUUGGGCAGGGUCAAAGUUCGAUGCUGCAACAGAACCAGGGUCAAUCAGGACCCCCAACCCAACCCCAGGGUCCGAACCAGAGAGGAGAACCGGGCUACCAGCCGAGCAACGGAUGGCCCCAACCUGCCAACAUCUCCACCAGCAACGGUGUGUACCCCCAACAGUUCCAGUCCCAGUACUCCACGCAACCCAACGGAGGAAUGUAUAACAGCAACAACAACAACAUGAACCUGGGAGUCAUGGCCAACAAUGGUGGCAACAUGAACCAGAUGUCAAGACAGAUGAGCUCCAUGAAUACAGAGCAGGUGAGAGACGGCAGCCUGAUCCUGGAGCAGCUGGCGGGAAUCGACAUGUUGACACAAGAGGGUGAAGCUAAUUCUAAUUUCUGCUGACCCUGGCUGUGGUUGAGACAAGGUAACACAUGAGCUAAUACAAAAACAUUGUCACCUACUCAGCUCAUCUAAUGGAGAAGCAUCAAGGAGUGGAGGACACAUGAUGGAAACACUGCUCCCUCUGUCACAGCAGCCGACUCCGAUGCACUAUAGGGAGAGGACAACCAUAUACUGGAUAGGAGAGAGGACAUUUGUGUGUGUAUGUUUGUGUGUAAAACUGAAACAUCAGUUUGACACUAGAGGAGUUGAAUGGUUGACAAACAUAAAUUAAAUGUUAUUCAUUAUGGUUCUAUUUUAGAGCCUGACUGAAAACGUCAAAUGAGGUUUAUGGAAAAUAUUUUACAGGUAUUUAUAGUUUUGAAGAGGUUUUAGAGAUUCUUUGUAUGUCACAAAAAAUCAAGGAUAUCUUUCUUUAAGGAAAUCUCUCAAAGUGGUUCAUUUUGAUGUCGAUUUUUAAAUUAAUAUAUUUCAACUGCUGUAGUUAUAGGGGAGCUGUAUCCUUAUUGAAUGACUUUUUGAAUGAAGGUGAACGUGUAUAGAUAGUGUACAUACUUAGAUUUUUUAAAAACAACCUUUUCCUCUAUCUGGUAUAGCAAAACAGCAGUUUGGAGUCCAAUAAACAUCUCUCAGAGAGCAGAAAUAUUUCAUUGGUUAAAUAAAUCAUCAGUAGGUGGAGCUAAAGAACCACAAGACAACAGGAGUGCAAGUCAAUUCAUGUGGCUUACUUGAAUGGUAAAGUAGAAACUAAAUGUUUCAAUACCAUGAACUUGUUUUUCAGUGCUGUUGGGACCAUAAUAAAAACUAGCUAUGAAACAACUAGCUAUUGCUAUUUUGCUAUUUUCAAUUUGAAAGAUCAGCUAAGCUAACUAGCUAAGCUAGUUAACUUAGUGUCAGCAGCUCGAAGCUUUGCAGUUAAGUAGCAAAAUGCUACGCUUAAAAAUAUUUCUUUUCCUAGAGUUUAGCUCUUGCGUUUGGUUCAGAAUGAAAUAUCUUGACAACUAUUGGAUGGAUUGCCAUGAAAUUUGGUACAUACUUUUAUAAUUCCCCUACAUGAGAUGUAAUAUCUUUGACCCCUCUGACUUGGCAUCUAGCGCCAUGCUAAAACGCUAAACUAUAUGGUAAGCGUUGCAAGCGUGAUGCUGCUGAACAUCAAAAUGUUAACUUCAUUGUGAGCACCAUGGUAGAAUCUCUGUAGUCGUGUUAUGCUGACUUUGAGUCCAAAUUUACUUAGUCAGAAAUUGUUUGUUUGCUCCGCCCACUGAGAUUUAACCAAUGAAAUGAUUUCUGCCUCCAAAGCAGCUUUGCCUCUAAAAAAAAAAGAAGGAAUCUGUGUACAACUAAUAAAACUCAUGUAGCUGUGAUUCAUUUUCAAAUUCAGCCCUGUCUGUUGAAAUUUACGUUCCCAUACAACUAAACCUCAUUCUCAGUUAUGUUUCGAGGGAAGCAUAUUUUGUCCUGGAUUACUUAUGUUUUUUACGUGCCACAAAAAUUUCUAAUCACAGUUCACCUUCACCGUCCGCGUCCAGAUGGAUGGAUGGGUCAAACAAACAUAGGACUUUCACCCAGGAGCCCGCGCUUAGUGUCUGGUGUAAAACCAAAAGUCAACAUUGACUUUAUGAUUUUAACUUACGUACGUAACUUACAGCUAUAGUGUGUAGUUUCUGUCUCCCCCGUGAGUAAUGACAACAAAACUGUCGGCGCGUCCACAUGAUACAAGCCUUCCGUGAUCACACUAUAUUUAGUCUUUGGGCACAUGAUUGGGCGACUGUUUUUUUCUAUAUAUUGCAUUAUAUUUUAGGAAAGAACAGUAGUCCCAUGUGCUCAAAGUCUAAAUAUUGUAUGAUAAGAAAAAGGGCUGUAUCUUAGAAACUACAUGUAGCACUAUCAAGUAUUUAGUAUCUAUGAACAUAACAAGUUGAAUAUAAAAGAUACGUACAUAUAUGCAGUGUAAAAUAAUUCUUGAUGAAAGUGUGAAUUUUCAUGUGAUCUAAAACUUUUGAAGUUGUACUGGUAGAUACUUGGGUAUGGGGUCAGAAUAGCCAGAAAAGCAUUCUGGCUCGCAUACUGCAAAAUGUGACCCAAUGCAGUAGGACAUCCAUUUUUUGGCAUACUACGUAUUGGGACAUACUAAAUCUUGUUUUGGCAUACUAGUAUGGUAGUAUGAGUAUUGAAACGCAGAAUAAUUUCCCCUCUAAACAUAACUGAGCAUGUGCUUUAGUUGGAUGUAUCCUUUCUGCUCUCACAUCACAGGCCUUUAGCUGAAGCUCUCUGUCAUGCUGAAGGACAAUUCAAAAGUGGGUUUGUUGUGUUAGGUCUUGUGGCUGAAGCUGUGACCUUUGAAUGGUGCUGGCCAUGAAUACAAAUUCAAACCAGUCUCAGAAGAAUGUUCAAUUUUGCGCCAAGGAUAAAGUAUACCAAUAACCAGAAUAAUAGUACAGAAUGAAACCUUUCAAUUUAACAAAGAUCAUCAGGUAACCCAGAACCUUUACCAUCCAAAGUUGUAUGGACUUUUACAGACGGGACCUCUAUAUAUACUGUAUAUAUAUAAAUACACAUUUUAUAAGGUGCUCCCUUUAUUCAUUAGGUGCUGUCUCAUUUAAGCUAACAAAAAUCCCUCCCAGAAAUCUGUUAAGCAUACACUGUAACAAUGAUAUUACUUUUCUUCCCAAAAGAAGAAUGUGAAAAUGCAAACCGACUGCAAAAUGAACACUGAAACACUGAAAAGAAUGUUUCAAGUUUUCUCUUUUUUAGAACAUUUUGCGUUGAUCCCAUUUUUCCUUCAUGUCCUUUCAGCUUUCAGCACAGUAAAAAAUGAUACUCCAUUGUGCUGGCAUAUUGUAAAAUGCCAAAGAUUUGAGGAGAAAACCUCGAAGAGAAGAUGUAAGCCAUGGAAAUGUCCUGAAUGUCAAGUUCUGUGAUCAAGUUUAAGGCAAUCAAGAGCGUAACUCUACAGUAACUCCUAAUGUUUGAAAUUAAAGUGAAUUAUUUUCUCUUGAUUUUCACUGAUACAGGAUACAUAAUAUAUUGAAGAUUUUUUUUUUGUGAUUAAUAGAUGAAGAUUUUAUCAAUUGCAAAAUACUGUAAUUCAUGUAAGUACCUUAAGAUGCUAAAGACAAAGCAUAAUGCCUUAGCUGUGUCUGUCUGGUGUAUAACUGUAAGGUUUACAGGAGUGUUAUAUGUGUCGUACUGCUGAGGGGGGGUUUCACCACUCCAUACUUUAGGUGUAAUACUUACACGACCAGGGUUUUUCUAUUUUCUCCCCGAGCUGUUUGAACCUGCUCAUCAACUCUUCCAUUAAUACUGUGUGUGUAGUUCAACUGUAUUAUUGCACCUUGUAAGUGCACAAUGCAUCAGGGAGAGUCUCCCUCACUAACAAAGGUUUUUUUUAGUUUUUUAAAGGGGCAUUAAGUAAUCUUUGACCUUUGUUGAUCUCUGUUGGUAACCAGUAGCAACAUCAGUGUAUCUCCAGAUGGCUUCCAAACACUUUCAGCAGCAGUGGCCUGUAAAUAACAUUAAUAACAUGGACAGAAAUGACCCGAAUGGCAGACUGUUCUACCAAUACGAUUAAUCACCUAUUACUGACAUUAAAAUUUCAAUUAGAAAAUCAAUGCAGAAUUUAGAUUCUCUGUGACAGCUGAAGAGAUUUCACAUCGAAACCAAAAACUCUUUUUUUUCACUUAAAGGCUCAAAUGUUAAAUGUACUUGUCGAAAGACUUUAACCCAAAUAAAAAUGUUCUAAAAUUGUCCAAACUUUAAACAAAAACAUGUCAUAAACUGAUUAAAAGCACCUGAGAAAAAAUAUACAUCAUACUAAAUAGAAUGACUUGGCUGUUUAAAUUAUAUUCCACUGAGAUCUUUGUCAAUAUUUUAAGCCACUAUGUGUAGAUAUCUGUAGAUUUUUUGUAUGUGAUAAAAGCAUCUUUAAAUUAUUCUUAUGGCAUAAGUUCUUGUUUGUUUAAAAAAAAAAAAACUGUAUUUGAGUUCUGAGUUUAAAGUCAAAGAAUUGUCAAAGUGUUGCUUUUAGCUCAUUGGUCUGUCCCAUAGACUGUAUAUAUAACAUAUAAGAUAACAUAUAUAUAACCCUAAUAUACACAGUCUAUGGUCUGUCCCGUAGACUGUAUAUAUAACAUAUAAGAUAACAUAUAUAUAUAUAACCCUAAUAUACACAGUCUAUGGUCUGUCCCUGGGUUGGGGUGUUUUUUGUUGUUCUACCACCGGAUGGCGCCAGUCCAAAUGUUUGAAUCCUACACUAACACUGAGGACACUGGUCUGCAUUAAACAGCUAUGCCAGCAACCCUAUAUUGUUGCAUCCUAACUGCAUCAGGACCAGCAGCGAUCACACUAUUUAAAGCUGAGUUGCAACGAAAUAUAUAGUGCUGAGCAAAUAUGUGAAUAUGCUUUUUGUUGCUUGACAGGGAGAUUUUAAAGCCUUUUAUAGCUGAAAUGUUUCAUUAUACAACUGUGGAUAGGGAGGUAGGCUAUUGUUUUAUACAACCAGUGCAGAAAAGGUUUAGAUUUAAAAUGACAGAAACUGGUGAAAUACUCCUUAAAUUAAACUACUGGGCCACAGGGUUAUGUACUAUGUCUUUGUGCUAUGAUUUAGUAACUUAUUGCCCCUUUUAGAAUAUUUUUUUAAUCCACUAGGGUGAGGUGGCUGUAAAAUGUUUCUUUGUGAUCAGCUUUUGAUAUCCUGAAACGGAAAGUGUUUCAAUGGUAAAUCAGAGCAAUAUGUCAAAAAAGGCUAUAGGUGUUCAAAGAUCAGUUUUCAAGAGUUUUAUUAUUAUUAUUAUUAUUAUUAUUAUUAUUAUCUUCUCUGCCCUGAUGUUCAAAUCAAAUCUGAAGAUCUCAGCGGUGACACAGUCCAGUACAUACAGUUUAUUCCCAGUUAGUGUUUUAUUAUGCAAAAGUCCAGACAUUCACACCAAAUUAUGCAAGCUGUCGACUCUAAUGUUGCUUCUGCCAAUGCUGCUCAUUAAUUUAUGAUUCAUGCCACUGUAAAUAAAUUAUUUUUAUUGAG